CAGGCGGGGGUGAAGGACACGCUGUCUACUGGUCGUCCCCGCCACUCGUUGCUAACUAGCUAUGUUUUUAUGUAGGGUGUAUCUGCAGUUCUGAUGCAUUACCGUAGUGGAGCGCGCCUGUCUUCCGCCUAUGUACUGGAGUCAUAGUUUAAAGACUGACAAUAUAAAUAUAAAGACGGGUUCCUGCAGAUGCAGGAGAGCCCACAUGCAGGAACACCCCGAAUUGCGGGCUGCAGUUGUACUCUUCUCACUGUAAUGGGUGGUCUGGUCUGUCAUUGGUCCUGGUGAGGGUUUAUAACGUCAUAUGUCACCAGCGGAGUGAGGGUAGGGUGUUUUUUCUCUCUUCAGUGACAGGAUUAUCAUUUUAGCGCUUUAACACACCGCCAAACCGCAGAUCAAAUAUCGGGAAAGGUUCUGUUCGCUAUUACAAUGUAGUAGUGAAGUGGAAUAAGAAAAGCAGCUUUACCUAUACAACGGAAGGUAUUUGUAUGACGACAAGACCCCGAAGUGACAAUUCAUCGUCAAUAAUUCUGAGACCAUGAACUACGUGGGCCAGUUGGCAGGCCAGGUGUUUGUGCAGGUGAAGGAGCUGUACCGGGGCCUGAACCCGGCCACCCUGUCAGGCUGCAUCGAUGUCAUCGUGGUGCGUCAGCCUGACGGCACCCUGCAGUGCUCGCCCUUCCACGUUCGCUUUGGCAAGAUGGGUGUGCUGCGCUCCCGUGAGAAAGUGGUGGACAUAGAGAUCAAUGGAGAGCCUGUGAGUCUACAAAUGAAGCUGGGGGAGAACGGAGAGGCCUUUUUCGUCAAGGAGACAGAGAACACACUGGAAGGGAUUCCGUCCUACCUGGCAACGUCACCUAUUGUGUCCCAGGGGGUGGAGCUAAUGGAAGCCCAGCUGGGGAAGGGCAUGUCUCGCCUCUCUGACCCCGCCUCCCUCUCGGUCCAGACCCUGAGCUCCCAGCAGACCAUAGGAGGAGGAGGAGGAGGGAUGAUGAUGAAAAAGAGGAGGAAGAGGAGGAAGAAAGCGCGGGAGAGCAGAGGAGGGAGGCAGGAAGAGAGUGGGGAGCACUCAGAGGAUGAGGACAUGUUCACCAUCGAUAUGAGCACUGAUGAGGAGCAAGAGCACGAUAACAACUCCAGCAGGGCCUCUACUCCAGAGUUUGAUGAAGAGCAGGGGCCUAAGGCCAGUGUGUUGAGCAGCACCUACACCCAGAACACAACAUACACACGCCCUGAUGCAGACUGGGAACACUCGCAGAGUCCUCUGAUAGAACAUACUCUGUCUAUCCCUCCUAGUGGUGGUCUGUCCAUCUCCUGUCCACAGCAGACUUCUCUCUUCCCUUCUCCGAUCAGCAGCCCAGGCGGCUCCAGCCCCUCCACUCCAAAGAGUGACUCAGAGCUGACCAAUCAGAGCAAAGACAACCCUGAGAUGAUGUGGGCCUGGGGAGAGCUGCCACAAGCUGCCAAGCCCUCCUUCUUCCCUCCGUUCCAGAUGCAAGAUUCUUUGAUGAUGUCCCCUGUCACCAUCCCUGUGUGUGACAGCACACACUUCAGAACCAUCACUGGAGACGGUGGCCCCUCUGAUCAGAUCCAGUCCCAGAGCCAAAAAGACAGCGCCCCCCCGUCCCUCACCCUGUACGUUCCACAGCCCGAGGACAACAUAGCUGGGGCCGGGUCUGGAGCAGGGUCUGGGGCAAGGUCUGGAGCAAGGUCUGGAGCAGGGUCUGGGGCCGGGUCUGGAGCAGGGUCUGGAGCCGGGUCUGGAGCAGGGGCCGGGUCUGGAGCCGGGUCUGGAGCAGGGUCUGGGGCCGGGUCUGGGGCCGGGUCUUGGGCUGGGUCUGGGGCCGGGUGUGGGGCCAGGUCUUGGCCUGGAGGAGACAUGGAGGAAGUAUGGGCAGCCUGUAGAGAGGUGGAGGGACUGGCGGCCUCCAGGAUGCUGUCAGAACUGGAUGAGGGGUGCCAUAGGGACAACACGGUCAGACACACAGACUCCCCAUCUAAGAGGAAAGACAAGAGGAGCCACCACCUGGGCUCUGAUGGAAUCUACCUGGAUGACAUCACUGAGCUGGAGCCAGAUGUGGCCGCUCUCUACUUCCCCAAAAGUGACGGGGGCGGUUCGGUGAGAGGUGGCUUGGAAACGGGAGUGCGGAGUGCCAACCAAUCCCCUCAGUCGGUGGGCAGCAGUGGGAUGGACAGCGGCGUGGACAGCUACUCUGACCAGCUGGGAGACAUGCCCAACAUCGCCAUCUCCCUGUGUGGAGGUCUCACUGACAACAGAGAGAUCACAAGAGAACAGUUUGAGGAGAGAGCCAUCUCUUACCAGCAGUUCACUGAGAACCCCUCCAUCAUUGACGAUCCCAACCUGGUUGUCAAGAUAGGAACCAAGUACUAUAACUGGACCACUGCAGCCCCUCUGAUGCUGGCUAUGCAGGUGUAUCAGAAGCCCCUGCCAAUGGCCUCAGUGGAGAACAUCAUGAAGGAGAAGAUGCCCAAGAAAGGAGGCCGCUGGUGGUUCUCAUGGCGCAGCAGGAACAGCGACUCCAAAUCGGACUCCGUGUCUGAGACAGGAGUUGGAGAUGAGGGUGACACCUCUCUCAGCAUGGCUUCAGUCAACGGAAUGAAGGAGGAGUCUUCCUCCAGUGAUGAGGACCACAGAUUGUCCAAUCAGGGCUCAGAAUCCUGCAACGCCGAGCCCCUUCUCACACCCGGUAGUGUGUGCUACAGGAAGACCCUCAGACUGACCCCAGAGCAGCUGGCCAGUCUGCAGUUGAAGGUGGGUCCUAAUGAGGUGGUGUUCAGUGUGACCACUCAGUACCAGGGCACCUGCCGCUGCCAGGGCACCAUCUACCUCUGGAGCUGGGAUGACAAGAUCAUCAUCUCAGACAUUGACGGCACCAUCACCAGGUCGGACACCCUGGGCCACAUUCUUCCCACGCUGGGUAAAGACUGGACGCAUCAGGGCAUUGCCCGCCUCUACCACCGAGUCAGCCAGAAUGGUUAUAAGUUUAUGUACUGCUCAGCGAGGGCCAUAGGUAUGGCUGAUAUGACGAGGGGGUAUCUACACUGGGUCAACGAGAGAGGAACCAUGCUGCCUAUUGGACCUGUCCUACUCAGCCCCAGCAGUCUGUUCUCAGCUCUGCACAGGGAGGUGAUAGAGAAGAAGCCUGAGAGGUUUAAGAUCCAGUGUCUGACCGACGUGAAGCAGCUGUUCUACCCCAACACUGAGCCUUUCUACGCAGCCUUUGGCAACAGAGCCACGGAUGUGUAUUCCUAUAAGGAGGUGGGCGUUCCCCUAAACAGGAUCUUCACAGUCAACCCCAAGGGAGAGCUGAUACAGGAACACGCUAAGACCAACAUCUCAUCGUAUGGUGGUCUGUGUGAGGUGGUGGACCACGUCUUUCCCCUGUUGAUCAGAGGCCACGUCUCUGACGUCUCCUGCCCUGACACCUUCAGCCAGUUCACCUACUGGAGAGAACAGCUGCCCCAGGUCCACAUCCCUGACCAGGUCCACAUCCCUGACCAGGUCCACAGCCCAGACCACCCACAGGUCCACAGCCCCAAGUCCACAGUGCCGACCAGCCCCUGGACAACAGCUGAGGAGACCCCACACCACAUCAGACCACCCCAGGAGUGAGCUGUGUGCAAUCACGGAAGGGAAGGGAGAGACACGCUCAAACUCAUAAUGAUGCAGGCAUGCAAAUGCAAGAAGCAUGUAUCUGCUCUAAUGCCACACACACACACAGCUAUGCAGAGGCAGACCUUGCACUAGUGAAAGUGUACGUGCUACAACAACAGGCAUGUUAGCACUGAGUGGUAAUUAUAUGUAGUCAUCAUUUAUAUUUAUGUUUUACUCUUUAGUGUUGUUUUCUCUGCAUUACCUAGCCUACUCAUACACGGCCUACUGUUCAUCAGGUGAAAUAGGUACAUUACCUAGCCUACUCAUACACGGCCUACUGUUCAUCAGGUGAAAUAGGUACAUUACCUAGCCUACUCAUACACGGCCUACUGUUCAUCAGGUGAAAUAGGUACAUUACCUAGCCUAGUCAUACAGAGCCUACUGUUCAUCAGGUGAAAUAGGUACAUUACCUAGCCUACUCAUACACGGCCUACUGUUCAUCAGGUGAAAUAGGUACAUUACCUAGCCUACUCAUACACGGCCUACUGUUCAUCAGGUGAAAUAGGUACAUUACCUAGUCUACUCAUACAGAGCCUACUGUUCAUCAGGUGAAAUAGGUACAUUACCUAGCCUACUCAUACAGAGCCUACUGUUCAUCAGGUGAAAUAGGUACAUUACCUAGCCUACUCAUACAGAGCCUACUGUUCAUCAGGUGAAAUAGGUACAUUACCUAGCCUACUCAUACAGAGCCUACUGUUCAUCAGGUGAAAUACAGUGCCUUGUAAAAGUAUUCAUCCCCCUUGGCGUUUUUCCUAUUUUGUUGCAUUACAACCUGUAAUUUAAAUGUAUUUUUAUUUGGAUUUCAUGUAAUGGACAUACACAAAAUAGUAAAAAUUGGUGAAGUGAAAUGAAAAAAACUACUUGUUUAAGAAAAGUGUGCUUUGAAGCCCUUAAAUAAGAUCUGGUGCAACCAAUUACCUUCAGAAGUCCCAUAAUUAGUUAAAUAAAGUCCACCUGUGUGCAA